CGGUGAGCCCCCACCGCCCCUCUCCUGUCCGCCACGGCCGCAUUCCUCCUCCUCUGCCUCUUCUUCCCCCUGCCCCUGUCUAUCCAUUCUCCCUCCGAUUCUGGGGAUUUUAUUCAAUUGGUCCGGCCUGGUUCGUCCGAGAAAUAUCCGAAUGAGGAGAAGGCUCGAGAUCAAGGAAGCAUAAUACCAACACCCAUUUGAGGCGAAAUCAUUCAAGGGUUCUUCAGCAACAUCCAACAUGUCAGUUUCUAUGAAGGAUUUGGAUCCAGCUUUCCGUGGAGCUGGACAAAAGGAUGGUUUGGAAAUAUGGCGUAUUGAAAAUUUCAAGCCCGUUUCUAUGCCGACGUCUUCAUAUGGAAAGUUCUACAUGGGAGAUUCAUAUAUCAUCUUGAAGACAACAGCCUUGAAAAACGGUUCCUUUCGCCAUGACCUCCAUUAUUGGCUUGGUAAAGAUACUAGUCAGGAUGAAGCUGGAACUGCUGCAAUUUUAACUGUGGAGCUUGAUGCUUCCCUUGGAGGGCGUGCUGUCCAGUACCGGGAAGUACAAGGCAAUGAAACUGAAAAAUUACUCACAUAUUUUAGACCAUGCAUCAUGCCACAGCCAGGAGGGGUAGCUUCUGGGUUCAAUCAUGUAGAAGUUAACGAGCAGGAGCAUGUUACCCGGUUAUAUGUGUGUAGAGGAAGCUAUGUUGUUCAUGUUAAGGAGGUUCCUUUUGCUCGUUCGUCGCUUAACCACGACGACAUAUUUAUUUUGGAUACCAAGUCGAAAAUUUUCCAGUUCAAUGGCUCCAACUCAUGCAUUCAAGAGAGAGCAAAAGCUCUUGAAGUUGUGCAGUAUAUCAAAGACACUUUCCAUGAGGGAAAGUGUGAAGUCGCUGCAGUUGAGGAUGGAAAGUUGAUGGCUGAUGCCGAAGCUGGUGAAUUUUGGGCUUUGUUUGGUGGAUUCGCUCCUCUCCCAAGGAAGACAGCAUCAGAUGAAACUGGGGAAGACAUGGAAGCUGCAGUCAAAUUAUUAUGUUUUAACCAAGGAAACCUGGAGCCUAUUGGUUUUGAAUCCCUGGCGCAUGAGUUGCUUGAGACAAACAAAUGCUACUUGUUAGAUUGCGGGGCUGAAAUGUAUGUGUGGAUGGGCAGAAGUACUUCUUUGCAACAGAGAAAAGGUGCAAGCGAAGCUGCCGAGAAAUUGCUUGUUGAUGACAGCCGAACAAAAUCACAUGUUAUGAAAGUGAUCGAGGGAUACGAAACAAUAAUGUUCAAGUCAAAAUUUAACAAGUGGCCAGCAACUCCUGAGUUAAAAUUGUCUUCUGAGGAUGGAAGAGGCAAAGUUGCAGCUCUCCUUAAAAGUCAAGGAUUAGAUGUUAAGGGCUUGAUGAAAAGUGCACCUGUAAAAGAAGAACCCGAGCCUUAUAUUGAUUGUACUGGUCAUUUACAGGUAUGGCGCGUAAAUGGAAAUAAGAAGACUCUACUGUCAUCCACCGAACAAUCGAAACUUUACACUGGAGAUUGCUACAUUUUUCAAUACACGUAUACUGGAGAUGACAAGGAGGAAUGUCUUAUCGGAACUUGGUUUGGGAAAAAAAGUAUUGAGGAGGAGAGAGCAUCAGCAAUUUCACUGGCCAGCAAAAUGGUCCAGGCUGCAAAAUUUCAGGCUACCAUGGCUCGCCUUUAUGAAGGGAAAGAACCAAUUCAGUUCUUUGUCACAUUUCAGAGUCUCCAAGUGUUUAAGGGUGGCCUUAGCUCUGGAUACAAGAACUUCAUUGCUGAAAAUGGUCUCGAUGAUGAUAGUUACUCAGAAGCUGGGCUCGCGUUAUUCCGGGUUCAAGGCUCGGGGUCAGAAAACAUGCAAGCAAUUCAAGUUGAUGCAGUGGCUGCCUCAUUAAAUUCGUCAUAUUGUUACAUUCUUCAUGAUGGAAACAGCGUGUUCACAUGGAUUGGGAACAAUACGACCUCACUGGAUCAUGACUUGGUUGAGAGGCAGCUAGAUGCAAUCAAGUCAGAUUUGCCAUCCAGGUCACAAAAAGAGGGCAGAGAAACCGACAAAUUCUGGGAAUUGCUGGGUGGUAAAUCAAAGUACUCGAACAAAAAAAUAGAAAGAGAGCAGGAAAGUGACCCUCACCUUUUCUCAUGUAUCUUACCCAAAGAAGGCACUUUGAAGGUCAAAGAAAUACAUCACUUUAAUCAGGACGAUUUGAUGGCAGAGGAUGUUUUCGUUCUAGAUUGUCACUCGUACAUAUUUGUUUGGGUUGGGCAGGAGGUUGAUGCUAAAGUGAAAACACAAACUAUGGAUAUUGGAGAGAAAUUUCUAGUGCGUGAUUUUCUUAUGGAAAAUCUCUCCCGGGAAACAACGAUUUUCACUGUUUCGGAAGGAAGUGAACCUCAAUUUUUUACUAGGUUCUUCACCAGCUGGGACCCUGCAAAAUCCUCGAUGCAUGGCAGUUCAUACCAAAGGAGGCUUUCCAUUUUAAAGGGUGGAGCACCUCCAUUGCAUGAUAAGCCAAAAAGGCGAACAGCAGCGGUUUCAGGAAGAACUUUGGGACAAGAUAAAUCCCAACGCUCAAGAAGCAUGUCAACCAGCCCGGAAUGUCACCGGAUCCGAGGAAGAUCUCCAGCCUUCGCAGCACUAACUUCUAGCUUUGAGAAACCUAGUAUUAGGAAUCUUUCCACCCCUCCGCCUGCCGUCAAAAAGCUUUUCCCCAAAUCUGCCGGACCUGAAACGUCCAAACAGUCAGCUAUCAGCGACCUCACCAGUUCUUUGCAGGGUCCCUUGAAAAGUACGAUACCCAAGUCAGUAAAAGAGGCGGAAAAGGCUAUACAGGAGGAAGAUGGAGCGGGCGGCAACGAUGAGGCGGAAGACGACGAGGGGCGUACAGUUUACCCAUAUGAACGGCUGGUAACCACGUCUGAAGAUCCAGCGCCCGACAUCGACCUCACCAAGCGAGAGAUCUACCUAUCGACAGACGAGUUCAGAGAGAAGUUCGGCAUGACAAGGGCGGCGUUCUACAAGCUUCCCAAGUGGAAGCAGAACAAGCUAAAGACUGCGCUACAACUCUUUUAGCUCGGCUCUGUCGAACGGCAGCCAAUUUUGAGGAGUGGGGUUUUCCAAGCUCUGCUUCUUCUAGUAAAUAGAUUUUUGCGGAGUACUUUUUAUACAGGUUCAGAGCUCAGUAGCUCACGCAGGUUCUGUCGUGGGGAUCAGUGUUCCUGUAUUCUUUUUUUUAGUUGGUCGCAGCAGAGAUGCAUAUGAUUGAAGUGAGUUGUAGCCUGGUGCUAAUUGUGAUCGCGCCGAAUCAUAUGUACUGAGCAAACUGCCGAACCCUUAUACGGUGGCCAUAUUCGUUCGUUUUUCUUC